GUGGACGAGGACGAGCCUUUGUUCAUGAGUCUGAUCAAUGAUCUGUUUCCUGGUAUCGUUCUGGAUAAGGCGGGGUAUCCAGACUUGGAGUCGUCCAUCUUCAGUCAGGCUCAGAGGGCCGGCCUGAUCCCUCACCCCCCCUGGAUCCUCAAACUGGUUCAGCUCUACGAGACGCAGAGAGUCCGACACGGUAUGAUGACGUUGGGUCCCAGCGGAGCCGGGAAGACGACCUGCAUCCACACCCUGAUGAAGGCCAUGUCAGAAUGUGGCUCCCCGCACCGGGAGAUGAGGAUGAACCCUAAAGCCAUCACGGCCUCACAGAUGUUCGGCAUGCUGGACGUCACCACCAACGACUGGACCGAUGGCGUCUUCUCCACACUGUGGAGGAAGACGCUCAAGGCGAAGAAGGGGGAAUAUAUCUGGAUUGUGUUGGAUGGUCCGGUUGAUGCAAUCUGGAUCGAGAAUCUGAAUUCAGUUCUGGAUGACAACAAAACUCUGACACUGGCAAACGGAGACAGGAUCCCCAUGGCGCCCUGCUGCAAGAUUGUCUUUGAGCCCCACAACAUCGACAACGCCUCCCCGGCCACCGUGUCCAGGAACGGGAUGGUGUUCAUGAGCUCGUCUGUGCUCGGCUGGAGCCCCGUCCUGCAGGCGUGGCUACAGACACUCCCGGAGCCGCAGGCCGACGCCCUGAGACUCUGCUUUGACUCCUGCUACCAGGACGUGGUGGACUUUGUCUUCACUGCCAUGUCUCCUAAGAUGCAGGUGCUGGAGUGUAUGUACAUCAGACAGACGGUGGACCUGCUGCAGGGUCUCCUCCCAGCCGCAGAGGAGAAACAGGGUUGCCACGGUGACGUUGGUCGGCUGUUUGUAUUUGCGGUCAUGUGGUCGCUCGGCGCGCUGCUGGAGCUGGAUGACAGAGCCAAGAUGGAGGCCUUUCUGAAGGGACACGGCUCGUCUCUGGACCUGCCGCACACUCAGGACGACGAGACAAUCUUCGAGUUCGCCGUCAAUGAGCAGGGGCAGUGGGAGCACUGGUCCAACAAGGUCCCAGAGUACGUCUACCCCAAAGACCACGUCCCGGACUACUCGUCCAUCCUGGUUCCAAAUGUGGACAACGUGAGAACGGACUUCCUGACGCGGACCGUCAUGAGGCAGAGGAAAGCUGUGCUGCUGAUCGGAGAGCAGGGAACCGCCAAGACCGUCAUGAUUAAAGGCUACACUGGUAAGCUCGACCCGGAGCUCCACCUCAGUAAGACGCUGAACUUCUCGUCUGCCACGCUGCCCAGCAUGUUCCAGAGAACCAUAGAGAGCUACAUCGAUAAGAGAAUGGGCUCCACCUACGGGCCGCCGGCCGGACGCAGGUUGACUGUGUUCAUAGAUGACAUCAACAUGCCCGUUAUCAACGAAUGGGGAGACCAGAUAACCAAUGAGAUUGUGCGUCAGCUGAUGGAACAGGGAGGUUUCUACAGUCUGGAUCGUCCAGGAGAGUUUAUCACCGUGGUCGACGUUCAGCUGGUGGCGGCCAUGAUCCAUCCCGGUGGCGGACGGAACGACAUCCCUCAGCGGCUGAAGAGGCAGUUCUCCAUCUUUAACUGCACGCUGCCCUCCAACUCCUCCAUCGACAAGAUCUUUGGCACCGUGGCUCAGGGAUACUUCUGCCCAGAGAGGGGCUUCCCCGCUGACGUCUGCGACCUCGCCGCCGCCCUAGUGCCCACCACCAGGCGGGUGUGGCAGGCCGUUAAGGCGAAGAUGUUACCGUCUCCUGCAAAGUUUCAUUAUAUUUUCAACCUGAGGGACCUGAGCAGAAUCUGGCAG